AGAAGAACCGGUGCUUUUUUUCAAACCAACCAAAAAGGUGUGUCCUACCCCAGCAGAAGUUGCUCGAAAUCACCACCCCAACUUUGAACCUCCGCCCAAAAGCCUUCCCAUCUCCUGGUGAGGGAUGUCUGCUGCUGGGAGUGCCUCCCAGGUGGCAAAACGCAAGAAUUUCAACAAUUCAGAAAAAGAGGAGGUGAUUCGGCACCUCCUCACUGGCAGCAAGAACGGGGUUUUGCCGUAUGGUGCGUUCAAGGCAGCCGCGGAGAAGUUCGGCUGCCACUGGGAGACGAAUAAGAGGCUGUGGAGGAGGUACGAUACGCAGCAUAAAGCAGGGGUCUCCAGUCCACAGCUAGCAAACCGUCGCAACGGAAAUAGCGGCCGGAAGGGCGUUCCCAUCGAAGAACUGCGUGAGCGCCUGCGUGACAUCCCGCUGAACGACCGCACCACACAGCGCCGCUUGGCUGCGGCGCUUGAGAUUCCCCUAACUACGCUGCAUAAGAAUCUCAAGGCGCUCGGGUUGAGGGCGCACUCGAACGCGAUCAAGCCGUAUCUGACUGACGCGGAGAACACCUACAAGUUGCCUCACUUGGGCAAGGACAAGGCUGCACGGGGGGGGGCGCCAAUCCCCCGGCGGUACGAGAUCUCCGAGGACGCGUGGAUCAGGGGCUCAGCGGCGCUCUCGACGGGAGAGGGGCAAGGGGCAGCUGUGUAGAAUGGGGCGGGCGGGUAGUUAUUUGCUUUCGGUGUCCUUGCACCUUUUUUUGGCAGAAUGUCGUGUACGUGUUGCGUGUAGCAGAAAGGAGCACCGCGUUUCGCGUUGACACUCUUUUUGUCCGCUGAGUGAGGCAGACGAGGGCGGUGGCAGAUUGUAAACGUACAGCAGUUGUGGCGUCAAGGAUGUUUAUGAAGGAGCAAAUACAUUUGGAAAUGCUAUGAAGAAUGCAAUGCAUGGUGAACAACGGGGUAUGAGUGUUAAGCUUGU